AUGAGUGAACCAGAUUCGAAAGUUAAGAAAGACGAAGUGAGGGCCCAUUUUGUAGAGCCUUCUAUUCCCAGAAUUGGCGGCGAAACUACUAAGGUUAUCAAAAGUGCUUUAAAGAAGCACUCUACUUUAAAGAUUACUGGUGACCGUCAAAAGAAUACAGAUUACAAUAGUGAGAGUACUGUAGUUUCCUCUCCAUUGUUAUCUUCCACACCUUCAACAGUGUCGAAGUCAUUGCUGAAGAUAUAUCCAUAUUUAAUAUUGGCUGAUUUCUUUCUAAGUGUCUUAACUUGGACCAAUGAAAAUAUAUGGUCUAGUAUUCUCACCGUGUUGAUAUACACAUUUACAGUUUUGUAUUUCCAAAUAAUCACCAGGUACUUUGGUCAUGUGGUAAUUGUAGGUUUAUUAUGGAGUUACUCUCUAUUAGAUGAGCACAUCGAAGAACGUAUGAUUUCUAAACCAACUUUGGAUGAUAUUGUGCACACAAUGGAUAAAGUUACUAAGAAAUUUGAUCUAUUGCUUUCACCGAUAACCCUUUUAAGUGCACAAGAUGUGAAGAGAUUAUUAUUUACAACAAUAUUUUUGUCUCCACUCUACAUAUGUAUAACAGUCUUCAUCUUUUCAACAAAAAACGUAUUUCUGCUCAUGGGUAUUUAUAUGUUAACUUAUCAAUCUCCAUGGGCAAAAAUCGCAAGAAGAAUAUUAUGGAAAUUCAAAGUAGUAAGAUUGAUGGUUUUUUAUGCCACUGGAUUAGAUUUGGGAGGAAUUAAUAACCAUCAAGGCAUAUUAGAUGCUGUGCAUAAUCAAGUCAAGAAAUUGUCGAAUUCUAACUAUAAUUCAACUGCUAACAGUGGCAUGGGAUUAGAUAGAAAUGGUAAACAAUAUACACAAAGUUCAUUCUCUGAUAGAAAUGGAAAAGCUACAGACAGCUCACACGAUUCUGAGAAGCCAAUUAGAUUUACCUAUGUGUUGUAUGAAAAUCAAAGAAGGUGGAUAGGUAUAGGUUGGACUUCUAGCAUGUUAAGCUACGAGAGGACUCCAUGGACCGACGAGUUCUUAAACCCAGCACCUUCGCCUGAUGAGUUUACACUACCGGAAGAAGACUCGCAUUUGAAGUGGAAAUGGAUCGAUAAAUCAUGGAGAUUGGAUAUGACUAACGACGGUGCCAUACAAUUAUCCAGCUCAAAGCCCAGAACAUCUGCUUCUCCAACUGCAGAUGCCAGUUUCAUUUACUAUGAUAACACUUGGAAGAAACCAUCAACACAAGACUCCUUCUCGAAGUACACAAGAAGAAGAAGAUGGGUCAGAACUGCGGAAUUAAUAAAGACACAUUCUGAUGAUAUGAUGAUGCCUAGCGAAAACACGAUCAAUACUACAGCAGAAGAGACGGAACUUGAAUCCAAUUCACCUGUGAAUGACAAGGAAAAUGGUAAGAAAGUGAGAAACGUGACAAUCAACGAAGAGCCAAUAAUUAUGGGAGAAGAUAAAGUAACUAAGCAACCAUCGAAAUCAAAUGAUGGAAAGAAAGAUGUAUCAAACGACGACAGCACUAAAAAUGCUGACAACACCCCAUCUUCAUCUAAUCCUACUCUAAACACGUCUAACUCCGACGCAGAUUUAACAGGCAUAGAGGCCAUACCAGAUACAAAAGAAAACGAAAAUUUUAAUGAGGAGCGUGCAAGCCUAAAAGAAUCUAAGAAGGACAAAUGA